AUGGCUGCGUUAAACAAGGCUAUCUCUGAACGGCGCUUCAAGCAAGCUCGUGGAUUCAUUACCUCCGGUGUGAACGUCAAUUCUAAGUGUGAAAAAGGAAACACUGCUUUAAUCCAACUGUGUUUUCUUGAUAAAGAUUCUCUGGCGAUUUCUAUCGCUACUAGUUUGUUAAAACGGGGAGCGAAAAUCGACGCGACGAAUACCAAUGGCCUUUCAGCUCUGUCCACGGCUGUACUAAGCCACAAGGAAAACAUUGUCGCGUUGUUUUUGGAAGAGGCGGGAAAUUUUGAUAUGAAUUCCAAAGACAAAAAAGGUAAAACAGCGCUGUUUCAUGCCGCAAGCAUUGGUAAUAUUAACAUCUUAAAACUGCUCAUCAAUGCAUUGAGAAAAUAUCAAUUAAGUGUUGAUGUAGCAGAUAACCUUGGAAUGACUCCACUCAUGCAAGCCUGUAUCAAUGGAAAUGUGGAUUGUGCUAAUUAUUUAAUAAAGGAGGGCAACGCAUCCGUUAAUAUCAGAGACAAAAAAUACAGGAGAACAGCUUUAGAAUGGGCAAAAGUAAAAGGAAUCUUAGGGAGAGUUUUGCUAGUCCAUAGUGAAGUGAAUGUGAAUGAUCAAGAAAACGGGAUGAAAGAGAAGCAAAGAAAAGACGAAAAAUGGGAAAAGGAAAUUACAAAGGACAACACAGGAGGAUCGUACAGAGUCCAAUUCAGGCGCAUUUUUCAAGCUUAUGAAUGCCAACUCACUGCUUCGUUUAAGCCAGGGAAACAACCGAAGCCAAAAGUGCUUCAACCUACAGCAGACGAGGGGAGCGGUGUGAAAAUUUUUGUCAGAAGUCGUCAAUUUUUUAAAGGCAAAAGUACAUAUAGACUCCUUAAUCGCAUGUCUUUGGAGAAGACCCUGAUUCGAAGGUCUUCCCAUCGAAGGUUUCAACGUUCUCAUUCGGUCACUGACCUCACAGGAAAAGACUUAAAAUCUGCGGUAAAACUCGUGAAUUCACCGUCUUCGCAAAGGAGCCACUCAGCUCGUUUCAGGACAGCUCGUCAAGUUUCGGAAGGACAGAAUGCUAUACCGACAUAA